CAAUCUUCCUCAGAUUUUAUAAUCUCUGCUUUUACAUAAAUUUUGGCACGAAUGUUGGCAAUUUAGUAGAUGAGGAGAGAUCUCAUGUGAAGAUGAUCUUGAACUCCAAUCGCUCACUUUAUUGUGUCUUCCCAUGAGAUUUUCCUCAAAAUCCGCUUUCCCCCUUUCCUGAUGAGUGAGAUUUUUCCCUAAUAGCCAGCAGUCCAUUGCGAGAUACUCACGAGUUAACACACAGCUUCAGCGUUUUUCCGGGAAACUGCGUGAUACCUUCGGGAGUUUGCGAAGAAAAAAAAUGAAGAGUAUUGAGAGUGUUGUGCAUGAGGAGGAAAUGGGGAAAGUCAGGGAAAUCCUGGGACUGCCCGAUUUGUGUGCUAAUCCAUAUGGCUCCUUCAGUGUGAUCCCCAUUCACAAACGUCCACAUCUCAUUGAACCGUGUGCCCGUCUAAUUAAUGCAGAAUGGCCCAGGAGUCUCGGUGCCCGCAUGGCUCAACUUUCCAACUCCUCAGACGUCCUCCCGACCAAUUUGGUCCUCCUCAAGGGUGACACACUCGUUCUAGCUCACAUUAAACUGACACCCGUACCCUGGGAUCGAAGUGCAUGCUUCCUGGAAUCCGUUGUGGUGGCCAAGGCGUGCCGUGGACAGGGUUUGGGUAGCUACCUCAUGCGUCACGCCGAAAAGUAUUGUUUGCAACAAUUGCAUUUGUCCAUCAUCUACCUCUCGACGGUGGAUCAGGUGAGAUUCUACGGGAAACUCGGGUAUGUGGAAUGCGAACCAAUAUCCAUUUAUGGCAACGUGAACUUCAAGAGACCCUUUGCAACAAAGAAAUUCUACAUGAAAAAGGUGCUAACUAGUCCCCAAGAUGACGACGAUGACGAUGAAAUCAAUGCCAAGGGGAGAUAGCACACGCCCCAUAAAUCAACCGAUAAUUUUGAACAGCUUCCAAGUCAACAGAUGUACAUGAAGAUGAUUUAUUUUAUUGAAAACCUCUUCCGGACAUGUUUUUAGCUCCUCUUCACCGUAGCAAUGCCAAGCACGCGUCGGAUGUACUGCUCCUGCGUCAGGCAGUCAAUGAGGAAUUUGCCCAGGUCGAGUUUGGAAAUGGUGCGUCCGGGUGAUUUAUCCUGGAGCACCUGGAAUUCUGCUGAAGGUUCAUCUGUUCGGAGAGGGAAGACAAACAAACAAAAAUCAUACACACAAUGUUCUUUGAGAUAUAGUGCAAAGCUUUCAGGAUAAUUAACCACUAAAAUGACAAAGUCCCGGAAAUCCAUUCUUCGGAUCGAACCGGGAGUUGCCGGAAACUUUUAGAGAGAAAAAAGCCAUAGAGAGAAUAUUUUGAAUGAAGAGAAAAUGUAUAAAAUAGAUGCAAAUAUUUCUUGUAAAGAUGAGAUAAAUAAAAUUAUUUUAGUAGGAA